AUGGUUACUGCCACAAACGAUCUUGAACUAAUAUUCGCAUCUGAUUAUUUUCCCGUAUUCAUUGCGGGACCACAGAUAAAAACGGUUAUAAUGAAGCUCUACAUAUUUUUGUCCUGUAUCGUGCUCAUACACGGAGCAGCAAUAAGCGAUGAAGAGUGCGAUGGAGUUACAAUCGACGGCGUCUAUUACGAUAAAGAGGUCCUGAAGACCGAUCUAGAUAGACCGUAUUCUUUAGUCGUGGACUUCGGCACCAACGUCCUUUAUUUCAGUUACAGCCUUCAGGAAGCCGAUGACUUCUUCAAAACUGCCAAGAUCAAUCUUUACACGAAGGAUUUUGCAGAACUGGACGGAGUAGAGAACGGCUUCGUUCAGACAGUCGAUCAGACAAAUCACGUCCUUUACAUCGGCAGCUCAAAAGGCAUUUUCAAAUAUGAUUACACAGAUAAUACAGCCAAACUGUUCGCAGCACACGACACAGAUAUAUGGGACGUAUACUUCAAGGAUGUGUUGUACUAUUCUGAGUUUCCUUCGCAAUUUCUGUACACAGUCAAGAAUGGUCAAACAGAACGUUUUAAAGAUCUAGAGGAGACCAAAGUAGCACAUUUCGCUAUUGAUGACGAAGAAGAUAUGUUUUACACUAACGCAAUCGGUCUAUACAGUCAGAAAAAAAAUACAAAAGACACAGUUCUAUACAAAGAGCUGAAUAAUGGGGAAGGUGUUAGAGGGAUAACGACUGAUGUUAAUGGAAAGGUUUAUAUUUGUUUUUCUGAUGGAAUAUAUAAGGUUAAUAAAUAUACAACCACUUUGGAGAAAGUGGUUGACGUGGACGAUGCGUUUGGAGUUGCUUUCGACGUUCUGAGUUUGGAAGGUAAAAUAACAAUACUGCUGACAGAUGGACCAAUACAAAAGAUCGGACCGAGAAUUUAUAAGAAGGAACUCCUCACGAAUGAAUUCAAAGACCCUAUAGAACUCGCAUACGAUUCUGCGACUAGAAACCUCUUCUUCAUGUAUAUGGACGAUGAACUGCAGAAUUCCGGUCGUGCUUUCAUCAACGUUAUAACGAAGAAAAGCAAGAAAAUCAGCGGCAUAUCAAGAAACAAAGCCACAGCAGUCGAUCCUGGAACAGGUGAUGUGUAUUUCGGAUCCAAUGACGGACUUUAUAUUUACGACGCGUUCACAAACACUGCAAAAAAUAUUGGACUGUACAACGUGAACGUUUUUAAACUUGUCAUUAGAGACAAUCAAAUGUACCUCAUUGACGCAAACAACCACAUGAUGUACAAGGCUACAAAUCAUGGAACAAGGACAGUUAAAUUAGGCAACGCUAAAACAGUUAUUGAUUUUGAAAUAGACAACAACAAAAAUGUUCAUUUUGUUACCAUGUGCGGACUGUAUUGUGCUGUAGGCGGUGGAGAAAUCGUAAAGAAUAAUGAUUUAAGAGUUGCUUACAAUUUCAUCGUUGACGAAGAAAAGACGUACGCGAUUGCAGAAGGAAGUCUCUAUGAAAUUGACUGUGGAAACGGAACCGCAACAAAAGUUGCCGAUUUGGAUUUCAUCCCGCGUAGUAUUAUAUUUGGUGAUUACGGUGACAUAUUCUAUUCAGAGUAUGAUAACAUUUAUAGGUUAAGGCCAAUAACGUCUUAUCUAGUUUAUAAUUUACCAAGGAGAUCGCAACAUAAUUUAACAUAG